AUGGUGAAGGUUGGUGAUAUGGAGGAGUUUGGUGGUAUGGCAAAUAUUGAUGGUGUGGUAAAGGUUGGUAGUAUGGCGGAGGUUGAAGGAGAAUUCGAGGGUCAUGAGGAAUCUGACGAAGAACCAAGUGAGAGGGACAUCAGUGAAGAAGAGGAUGAUGAAGACGAUGAUGAGGACGAGAGUGAGGAUGGGGAUGAUAACAAUGACUCUAAUUCUCGAAGUGAUGAUGAGUACCAAGACUGGGAUGACAAUGAUUACCAGGGACCUUGGGACAAUAAUGAAGAUGAUAAGUCUGGAUAUUAUUCACCCAGAGAUCCUGGAGGGUAUUCUGUGUAUGCAAUUGGCAAAGAUGACCUGAUGAUUGACCCGAUCGAUGCAAUCCAAUCAGCACGCACGAUCCACGCGGAAGGAGAUGAGCUGGCAUUAUAUUCAGAAGAUAGUGAAGGGUAUGAGAUCACUUUUGAGAGUGAAGUAAAUCCUAUAGCAGAACACAUGACUUAUGUCUAUAGUCAUUUGGUUGAGCUAAAACUCGAGGCCAAUGAAAUUGAUCAAAUCUUAGGUGAAGUGGCCAUCAGUGAACACUACUAUACCGAGCAAUUGAGAAACCUUGAAAAAGCAGGGGGACAUGACACACUUGUAGAAAUGAUAGACACAGUGGUGAAAUUAUUAGAAGAUGGAUAUCAGGGCUACCUUGUAUCAGUGAUAGAUGUGGAUGCAAAGGUUACUCUAUUAGAGGAAUUGGAAGUGGUCAAGGAAUUCCCUGAUAUUUUUCUAAAUGAUCUAACCCAGCUACCGCCUAACAGAGAGCUGGAGUUUACCAUUGAGUUAAUUCCUGGAGCAAUCUCGGUGUCUAAGGCUCCCUAUAUUAUGGCACCAGCCGAAUUAAAAGAGCUACAAACACAGUUACAAGAUUUACUGAAAAAGGAGUUUAUACACCCAAGUGUCUCACCUUGGGGUGUACUAGUCUUAUUUGCCAAGAAGAAGGAUGGUAGCCUAUCUUUUAGUCCUACAGUUAUGGUGGAUAUUGAUAUAGUUAGUGUGAUAGUAUUGGAACUUGAUAUCAGAACAUGUUCAUGGAGAAAGAGAAAGGAGAAGUUUCUGGAAGCAUUAUCUCUCUGCUUCAAGGUUCUUAUGAUUACCGUCAUGACCUUCAAGAUGGGUUCGAUGACUAUGUAA